AUGUUGAGCAUGUCCGCCUCUUCAUCCACAGCUGCGCCAUGGACCGAACUGCCUGACGAUUUGACGGCGAAUAUCCUGCAAAGGUUGGACAUCGAAGACAUAGUAAUGGGUGCGCAGCUAGUCUGCAGUACAUGGUGGAGAGUCUGCAAAAAUCCUGCCAUGUGGCGCAUGAUCGAGCUAAAGCUUGAUGGUUUUGAAGUGGAUAACUUCCUAAACUACAUAGUUCAGCGAUCGAGUCAGCUUCUACGCCUUACACUCAAAACCAAUUAUACAAUAAUGACUGCUGAGGCACUAAAGAAACUCCCACAAUUGGAAGAGUUGCACCUUAUCACGAUGCAUCGCCUCAGUCCUGAAGAUUUUGAAACCAUUGGCUUCGCUUGCCCAUUAUUGAAAUCACUCACAUACACCAACCGUUGG